AUGACAAUUCGUGAAUUCAAAGCAAACGCGUUGUUCGUCCACACGACCAACAAGAACACGAUAUACAACCAUGUCUGUGAAGGAAUCGUGAAUAGCGCUUUGGACGGCAUCGACGGUGUGGUGAUUGCUGUUGGCCAACAAUGUUCGGGUAAAACGUAUAACAUGAUCGGCACAUUUACAGACAACGAAGGCAGCGUCAACAUUCGGAAUAGAGGCAUAGCGCCAAGACUGUUGGAUGAGAUGUUUAAAAGAUCUCACUCGUCUUCGCCGGACAAAAAAAUCUCCAUUAAAAUCAGCUGUGUCGAGACAAGAGACAAUUGCGUAAACGAUUUAUUGGAACCCACUAACCCCAUACCGCAUUCUCUAAAAAAACUAUUGGUAAAACAAAAAAUAACAAACUACCGAGACGGUCUGACGAAAUUAUUCGAAGCCGAAUCGCGAAAACAAAUGGACAAGAGUGUAAAUUAUUUAGGGGCCAAUGUCAAUGAUUUCAUAUUCACAAUUUAUGUCACAGUCUACGACACUGUAAAACAGAAAAAGAAAUCGUCCAAGAUACACGUGAUCGAUACCGGUGGCAUUCAAAGGGCGAGGUCGUCAUUAAAUGCAUACACCAGUUGCACGGCAAACAAAAUGAAACUCAGUUUAAACACUUUGUUUCUGAGAUUGGCCGAAGCGAAACAUUCGGAACGUCUGGAAACCGCGUUGAAGGCCAGCAAGCACUUGUUGAUUUGCCACAUAAGGCCGGAAAGUUCAUACUUGGAGCUGUCCCUGUCCACGUUGAGUCUGGCCACGUCGUUGCGGAUGAUGCCACCCUUGAGUAUCCCGAGUUAUGCGCCAUCGGACGACAUAGAACUCCUACAGACCUAUGUGGACAGGUUGGAAGAAGAAUUUGAGCAUACGGAUUCGACAGAUUUCUUAGUAUCGCCGGCGGACGUGCAAAAGUAUAAAAAAGUAAAAAACGUCAUCAAUUUUUUCAGCGACAGUGAGCCUAUACCCCACGAUUCGCUGCCAGAAUGGCUGCCGCCCAUAGCUUAUUCGAUUGUCAGGGAAGAACUGCGACUAGUAAUGAAAGGCACCGAGACCAAGUUCAACGAGCAGUUCAAAAUAAUUGCGAGGCAACAAAUUAAAGACAACGCGUUUGGCGACGUUGACGUCGAGAAGAACUACGAAAAUUGGUUGAAGGAAACCGAAGUGAUCAUCAAUAAGGUAGACAAGCUGAACGGGACCGUCGACGAAAUCCUUCUUGUGGACAAACUGCCCAUAAUCGAUACGCAAGAAUGGUCGAGAUUUUUGAAACGGAACGGCUCGAUUUUCGAAGACGCCAGAUACAAAAAGCAUAAGCUGGAGAGAGCUCAAUAG